AUGGCGACGCCCGUCGCCGCCCCGCUCCUCCUCCCGCUCCCGGCCCCCGCCUUCCCGCCCCGCCGCCUCGCCUCCACGCACCGCCUCCUCCUCGCGCAGCCUCCCCGCGCCGGCCGCCCGCGCCUCCGGGAGCCGCCGCCGCCGGUCGAGGAGGCCGCCCCCGCCGCCGUCGAGGAAGCGUACGACGCGCCUCCACUGAGGCUCCUCGACCCGCCGCACGAGGACGAGCCCUACCCCGACGAGAUGGAGGCGGCGGACCCGGACUUCUACCGGAUCGGGUACGCGCGGAUGAUGCGCGCCUACGGGAUCGAGUUCCUCGAGGGGCCCGACGGGAUGGGGGUCUACGCCUCCCGGGACGUCCAGCCGCUCCGCAGAGCAAGGGUGAUAAUGGAGAUCCCGUUGGAGCUCAUGCUGACUAUAACUAAGAAUCAUCCUUGGAUGUUUUUUCCUGACAUUGUACCACUAGGGCAUCCUAUAUUUGAUAUCAUCGAGUCAACAAAUCCCGAGACGGAUUGGGAUCUAAGAUUAGCCUGCCUUCUUCUCUAUGCAUUCGACGUAGAAGGCAACUUUUGGCAGUUAUAUGGUGACUUUUUGCCUAGCAGUGAUGAAUGCACUAGCUUGCUUCUGGCACCAAAGGAGGAUCUGAUGGAACUGGAAGACCAAGAUCUCUCCUCGGAAAUGCUAAAACUCCAGAAGCGGGCUGUUGAUUUUUGGCAGAAACAUUGGCACAAAGCAAUCCCUCUAAAGCUAAAGCGUCUUGCACCUGACCAUGAACGAUUUCUCUGGGCAUUGAGUAUUGUUCAGUCUCGCUCUUUCAACUUAAAAUUGAGAAUGGGAGCCUUCUUGCAAGAUGCAAAUGUUCUAGCACCAUAUGCUGAUAUGCUGAAUCACUCACCUAAUGCUAACUGUUUCCUGCACUGGCGUUUCAAAGAUCGCAUGCUUGAAGUUAUGAUUAAGGCUGGGCGUGCUGUCAAAAAGGGAGAUGAGAUGACAAUUGAUUAUAUGAGUGCGGUAAACAGCACAUUGAUGCAAAGAUAUGGCUUCUCAUCAUCUACUAAUCCUUGGGAACUUAUAAACUUCUCAACCCCGGCCAAGAUUCAUCUGGAUUCCUUCUUAUCAGUCUUCAACAUAGCUGGCUUGCAUGAUGAGCUUUACCACAAUGCCGCAUUGACCUCGGGAGAAAGUACCUUUGUUGAUGGAGGAGUGGUGGCAGCAGCAAGGACUUUGCCGACUUGGUCAGAUGGUGACCUUCCUGCCAUACCAAGCGUUGAAAGAAAAUCCGCUCAGGCUUUGCAAGAGGAAUGCCGAAAGAUGUCGGAGUCUUUCUCCACCACGAUCCAACAAGACGAGGAGAUUCUAGAUUCUGACGAGCCUAUCAGGAAAACACGCGAGAUCGCAAUCAAGUACCGGUUACAUCGGAAGCUGCUCUUACAGAAGAUCAUUGAUUCACUAGAUAUCUACCAGGAUAGGAUUUUGUUCUAGCUGUAUAGGAGGCGCCAGUGCAUCUCUAUCUAGUGAAAACCACAUCAGUUUUAGACUCAGUGCUAGUUGUUAGGUGGUUCUGAAGGGUGUGAACAACUUAGAUUUAUAGGUUACUAGGUGAUCAACAGACUCGAGUUCUGGAGGAGGCGUGCCACAGGUGGGGCCGUGGGAAAAAGAAUAGAAAGAGAGGCCACAUAGAUGGGCCCAUUCUGUCAUAAAUCAAAUUUUCGGUUGUAAAACUACCAUGCUGUAAAGUGAAUGGAAAACACACUGAGCACAUCCGUGGUGUCAAGCCUUUUCCGCGGACCUGUUAAAUUGUAUGUCAGACCAUGUCAUGUCA